UAGGGAGGGGACAAGCGAGCAACUCACAUAACAGCGCAUUGUAUAUAGCUGCAUCCCGCGGAUGCACGUGGGGAAGCUUCUGAUUUACCAUCUAUACGAGCGGAUAGGAGAGUAGGGACCAGGCGAAUAGAACGGUAGGACGGUCCUCGGCGCAAACAAGAAGCUUGGGGGAAAACGAAAGCGCGUGUAAACGCAAAUUAACGCCUUUUUAUUAGCCGGAACUGUUUCUGAGGGGACUCCUUAUGAAUCCAUGCAGUUAGCUAAUUACACCAGAUCACAUACGGAGCACCAUCUGUUCAUUUUCGAGCGACAAGAGUUUGUUCAGCCAGACGCGGACGGUUCAAUCAGUCUAUCCUAGAUUCAGUGGACUGCGCUUCGUCUGUGGACUGAUGAUCUUAUGUGGUCUACACAGCCGUGGACUCGUGUUUUGAAACAAUGGGUCAAUGCACUAUUUUGAAUGUGUUGCUCUAACGUCCGUGGAUGAUGGCAGGGGUACACGCUUUCGAGGCUGUGUCGGAACAUUUGCUAAAUCCUACCAUUGCAGUCUCUCCGGCACAGGACGCGACACAAAUAGCGGGGUUGAACAACAAUGACGCCACCGUGCUGCCUCCGACUGGCACCCGGGCAUACCUGGACAUUUCGGCGGCUGCCUUUGCCCACGGGCACCCGGUCUAUGGGGCAGAGGGAGUUUACACCAACGGAAGGUACAUGGACCACGGGAGUCCUUGGACUGGCUGCAGCAGCCGUGACAAUUCAGCCGAAAGGAGUCAUGGAGGCGUUAACACACCUUGCGGCAUUAUGAAGGAUGGCUCCAAGCAGAGGCAGGUGAGGCAGAAGAAGACUGUCUCCUUCAGCUCCAUGCCCAACGACCGUAAGAUCAACAGCACAGCCGCCUGCAUGGCCUUCAUGAUGGAGGGCUGCGAGAUGAAGAAGGUGCGCUCCAACUCGCGCAUGUACAACCGCUACUUCCUACUGGACCCGGACAUGCACUGGCUCCGCUGGGAGCCCUCCAAGAAGGACUCAGAGAAAGCCAAGUUGGAGAUCAAGAGCAUCAAGGAGGUCCGUCUGGGGAAGAAGACCCCUGUGCUGCGCAGCAAUGGCCUGUCUGACCAGUUCCCAGAUGAGUGUGCCUUCUCCAUCAUCUAUGGGGACAACUAUGAGUCUCUGGACCUGGUGGCCAGCACGGCUGAUGUGGUCAGCACCUGGGUGAUGGGCCUCCGCUACUUGGUCUCCUACGGGAGGCACAUGGUAGAUGUGGUUGAGCCUAGCCAGCCCAGCUUGAGGACCUCUUGGAUCGGAUCAGUGUUUGAGCUGGCUGACAUGGAGAGGAAUGGCCACAUCGACCUGUUCAGGGCCACCCAGAUCAUCAAGGGACUCAACCCGGGCAUGAAGGAGUCCCGGAUAGAGCUGAAGUUCAAGGAGCUCCAGAAGGCCAAAGACCAGUAUGGGGAGGACAUUGACAUGGAAACCUUUGUGGAGGCCUACUGCGAGCUGUGCACGAGGCCAGAGAUCUUCUUCCUGCUGGUGCAGUUCUCCAGCAACAAGGAGUACCUGGACAGCAAGGACCUGAUGCUGUUUGUGGAGGUGGAGCAGGGCAUGGAGGGUGUGACGGAGGACAUGUGCCGGGGCAUCGUCCAGAAAUACGAGCCAUCCGCCGAGGGCCGGGAGAAGGCCAGCCUCUCCAUUGAUGGCUUCACGCACUACCUCCUCUCCUCGGAGUGUCACAUUUUCGACCCCCAGCACAAGCGGGUGUGCCAGGACAUGAGCCAGCCGCUCUCCCACUACUACAUCAACUCUUCGCACAACGCCUCCCUCCUAGAGGACCACUUCUGGGGCUCCUCCGACAUCAGCAGCUACAUCCGGGCCCUGAAGAUGGGCUGCCGCAGCCUGGAGGUCAUUGUGUGGGACGGCCCCGACAACGAACCUGUGGUGUACGUGGGGAACUCGGUGGCAUCUCAGCUAGCCCUCUGCAAGGUCUUGGAUAUUAUAAACCAGUAUGCAUUUGAGAGCUCUGAGUACCCCCUCAUCCUCUGCCUGGUGACACACUGCUGUAUCCCCCAGCAGAGGGUCAUGGCCCAGCACAUGAAGAAGAUCCUUGGAGACAAGCUGUACUUGGAUGCCCCCAGCUCAGAGGACCACUACCUACCCUCCCCAGAGGAACUCAAGGGUAAGAUCCUGCUGAAGGGCAAGCGGCUGCCCCCAAACUACCCCGAGUCAGAGGGGGAGGUGACUGAUGAGGAGGAGGGUCUGGAGAUGUCCAGGAGGGUGGGGGCAGAUGAUAAAGACCAUCUCAAUGGCCUUGGCUGCAAACGGCUGAGGCUGUGUAAGGAACUGUCGGACCUGGUCUCCCUCUGUAAGUCAGUGCAGUUCAGGGACUUUGACAUCUCCAAGAGGGAUCAGAAAUACUGGGAGAUGUGCUCUUUCAAUGAGGUCGACGCCAACAGGUUCGCCAAUGAGUUCCCCGAGGACUUUGUGUGCUACAACAAGCGCUUUCUCUCCAGGGUGUACCCCACUCCGAUGCGGAUCGACGCCAGUAACAUGAAUCCCCAGGACUUCUGGAAGUGUGGUUGCCAAAUUGUAGCCAUGAACUACCAGACCCCGGGCCUGAUGAUGGACCUCAACCUGGGAUGGUUCAGGCAGAACGGGAACUGUGGCUACGUGUUGCGGCCGGCCAUCAUGAGGGAGGAGGUGUCAUACUUCAGCGCCAAUGCCAGGGAAUCCCUGCCAGGGGUGUCCGCCCAGCUUCUCCACAUCAAGGUGAUCAGCGGGCAGAAUCUUCCCAAGCCCAGGGGCUCUGCUGCAAAGGGAGACGUGGUGGAACCCUACAUCUAUGCAGAGAUCCACGGCAUCCCGGCCGACUGUGCCGAGCAGAGGACCAAGACGGUCUCUCAAAACGGAGACAACCCCGUCUUCGACGAGAGCUUUGAGUUCCAGAUCAACCUGCCGGAGCUGGCGGCACUACGCUUCGUAGUGCUGGACGACGACUACAUCGGAGACGAGUUCAUCGGCCAGUACACAAUCCCCUUUGAAUGUCUGCAGCCUGGCUACAGGCACAUCCCCUUGCAGUCGCUGACGGGGGAGUUCCUACCCAAUUGCACCCUGUUCGUACAUGUGGCCAUCACCAACAGAAGGGGAGGGGGCAAGGCCCACAAGAGAGGCCUGUCGGUGAGGAAGGGCAAGAAGGCUCGUGAGUACACCUCCAGCAAGACCACCGGUAUCAAGGUGGUAGACGAGCUCUUCAGAGCAUCCACCCAGCCUCUGAGGGAAGCCACAGACCUCCGGGAGAACGUCCAGAAUGCCAUGGUGUCGUUCAAGGAGCUGUGUGGUCUGACGCCGGCGGCCAACAUGAAGCAGUGUAUCCUGACCGUGUCCACGUGGCUGAUGAACAGCGAGCGAGCGCUCAUGGUAACCGUGGACCUGAGUCAAGCCUACCCCACCAUGGAGGCCCAAGGGCCCGUCCCCGAGCUUCUCCGCAAGGUCCUCACCGCCUACGACAUGAUGAUUCAGACGAGCCGGACGCUGAUUGAGUCAGCUGAUGUGGUCUACUCCAAGCUUACACAAGCACAACGGGCAGGACUGGACUUCCAUGUGGACCUUCACAGGAUCGGGGCGAAGGAGGGCCUGAAGGGCCGUAAACUACAGAAAGCCAUGGAGAGCUACGCCUGGAACAUCACCGUCCUCAAGGGUCAGGCGGACCUCCUGAAGCACGCUAAGAGUGAGGCUUUGGACACUCUGCGUCAGAUCCACUGUGCCACCCAGUCCUGUGGCCUGAGCAAGAACGGAGCUACCUCCCCUCAGCUCCAACACUAUCCACUGCAAGCGCAGUCCCAGACCCAACCCCAACCCCAGGCUCAGCCUCUGUCCCAACACCUGGCUGAACCCCAGCCCGAGGCCCAACCACAGCUCCAGGCCCAACCACAGCUCCAGGCCCAGCUCCAUACUCAACACCAUCCCCUGACUCAGCGCCCGUCUCUGCCUCCCCUCCCACCACAGCCCCCGCAGUAUAGGGCAGCAGGCUCUCACGAUGCCAUCUCUGAGAACGAGACGGCCAGCGAUGGUUCCUGCUGACCAGUUGCCUGUACCCGCAGUGGAGUCCAGCCAAAGAGAGACAGGGAGAGGAGAAUAGAAAGAGAGAGGGAGCUUGAGAAGCAGAGAGGAGAAGAGCAAAGAACAUGGAUGGUUCCUUUAACACCCCCGAAGAUGGACAGGCAGAGUGAGAUAGAAAGGAAAAAAGAGGAGAGGGAAAAGGAGAGAAUGAAGGAGAUGGAGGAGGAGAGAAUGAAGGAGAUGGAGAAGGAGAGAAUGAAGGAGAUGCAGAAGGAAAAAGAGCAGGAAAGGGAGAGGGGGAGAGAUGGUGAGAGGGAGAAGGAAAGGGAGAGGGGGAGAGAUGGUGAGAGGGAGAAGGAAAGGGAGAGGGGGAGAGAUGGUGAGAGGGAAAGAGCAGAAGAGAAACAGCAAAUAGAGCAAGGAACGGGGAAGAAAACUCGCCGUAAAAGACAAGAGACACAAGUUUGAAAAUUUAUUGUUUUAGAGACAAAGAAGAAAUGUCUCUAUCAGCUCUCUCUCCUGUCCUAUUUAUCUCUCUUGGAUUCGAAAGGGCGAAUAACACCCAUAUUAGCGAGUUCAGUCAGUCUCUCAGUCUCUCAAUCGUUGAGUCAGUCAGUCUGUCAGGAGAGUCUUGCUGUCUUCCUCUGGGCAGUGCCAGCACUGCUGGCCCUGCGGGUACAGGCACCUUACAAUGGCAUUUCAUACCGCACAAGUUCGCCUUUGGAUUCCCCUAGGAUACCCAUAGCAUGUCCAGGACCCUUUCCUUCUCUAUCUUCUCCCUUAUGUUUACUCCAUAUCCCUGUAGAUCUGCCCUUCCCAUGCGUCAUCCUGAGCUUCAACCCUUUUGCCCUUCUCGCCGAGGAGGAGGCCUGCCGUUUUAAAUGCACAACGUAGAGCAGCUCACACGGACUCUGAGCUCUGUAGGGAUCCUAGCUAGAGGACCAUUACUGCACAAACGAACUAGAAUAGAGCUCACCAGCCUGUUUUAACUGGAGCAGUCUGUUGACCCCAUCUGCGCUGAAGAGACUAAAGGACUCGAUAGCUCAAAGAUCACAAGAGAAACAUUGACCUGGGGCAGAUUCCCGCUGUCAAUCAAACACACACCUAACCUAAAAGAGAAACUAUGAAUCUAUAUAGAUGUGUACUGUAUGUAUGUACAAGUAAUGAAGAGACCCUUUACAUGUAUCUCUGAUAAUUCUCCCUGAAACAAAAUAUCCCAUUGAUAUGAUUGUUAUAAUUGAUGUUAGUUAUAUUCGUAUUACAAUUAUUUUAUAUACAGUACAUUGCUUCUACAUAUACAGUGACUUGAUACCUGUUGUUCUGUGCUGCAGAUCAAGACAGGUGGUGUGGAAUGUUGGGUGUAGGGGUUAGAGGUCAGGGUGGGUUUGGGUUGGGGGUCAUCAUUCCAAAAAAUUGGGUCAAACAAUAACCUGACUUGUGUUUCACUGCAAAGUGGUGUGGUUCUGUAUGAGCUCCUUAAAAUGGCCCAUUAAAACUGGAUUCAUUGUU